GGUUCGUUUUCUGAAAAGAAAAAUAACCACGAGUAGGUUUUUUUUCCAUGAAACGCAUGUGUUUCGUGAACGAAUUUUCGUCUCGGUGACUCGGUUAACAUGUUGUAUAAUCUACACAAUAUUAUGCUAAAUACUACAAAGCCGUGUAGUAAAAUAUUGUGCGUAUAAUACCAUAAUCAUUAGGCGUAGUAUUCACUAUUCAGUAUAGAAGUUAUUACAGUAUGACAUGACACGAAUGAAUGAGUGAAGUGAUCGCAGUCUGAAAAAAAAAUGCCGCCGAAACAAAGAAAAAUCGCCAUUAUGGGCUACCGUUCAGUCGGCAAGUCGUCGUUGAGCAUCCAGUUUGUUGAAGGUCAAUUUGUAGAUUCUUACGAUCCAACAAUUGAAAACACUUUUGUGAAAACAACUAAAGUUAACAAUCAAGAAUAUGACUUGAAAUUAGUCGAUACAGCCGGACAAGACGAGUACUCCAUAUUGCCGACACAAUAUUCUAUGGACAUUCAUGGAUACGUCUUGGUUUAUAGUAUAACGUCCCCAAAAUCUUUUGAAAUCAUUCAGAUAAUUUAUGAUAAAUUAUUAGACAUGACUGGCAAAGUACAUGUUCCAGUAGUAUUGGUAGGUAAUAAAAAAGAUUUGCAUAUGGACCGUGUUGUUACGCAAGAGGAAGGACGGAAGUUAGCAGAUUCUUGGAAAGCUGUAUUCCUUGAAGCCUCGGCCAAGCAGAAUGAGUGUGUAGCUGAUAUAUUUCACACUAUGUUAAUGGAAAUUGAAAAAGCCAAUGGGAAUAAUGAUCAAGACAAUAAUAAGUGCAGUAUAUCGUGAGAGUGCAACAUGUCUGUAAAUUAAAUUUUUUUUUCCAUAAAUGUUUAUCUUAAUUUGUAUAACUAAUGUGAAAUGAAUAUGAAAAUUACCAUUGAAAUCAGAAACGAUUGUUAAUUUAGUCGCAUAUUUUAUAAGUAAUUUUAAUUAAAAGUGCAACUAAAAGAAAAUAUAUAUUUAUAUAUACUUUCUUCUAUCUUUAUGCUAAAUUAUUAUUUUACUUAAUAUAUUUUGUAACAUAAUAUUAUGUUUGUUUUAUCAUUAUUUUUUACAUUACAUUUUAAUUAGUUUUUAAACUGAAACAUUUCUAUAGUAUUGUACAGGGUGGUUCUCUUAUCAAUAACACUAAUUACUUUAAAAUCCAUUUAAUGAGAUAAUAUGUAAUAUUAAAUAUUUUUAAUUGCUAUUUUCUUUAUGUUAGUUGGUCAUACUAUGUUAAAUUUAUGAUUCUUAAAUUACUACCUAUAUUUUUGUUUUUAAAAUCUAAACUCUAAAGCAUACCAUCAAUGGGGUAAUUUACUCUUCCCGCCUUUUACAACUAUAUCAAUAGUUAUAAUUACAUAUUGUACAAAUUAUUUUGAUUAACAUUUUUAAUAAAAAUAAUAAUAUAAAUCCUAAAGCAUAAUAUUUUUAUGUACAUUUUGUUGUAUAAAAUAUAUGGAAUAGGUUUUGGUUAUUUAUUAAAUAUUGUGUAAUAUAUGGAGUAGUGAACCAUCAAUUUAACGUGUAUACAUUUCUAAACUAAAAUUGUAAUGCUUAUUAAUUUACUUUUUGUUGGUAUUCAUACAUUAAUAUUUUUCAUAAAAAUGUUCUGCUUCAAAUAUUGAAAAUAAGAAUAUAGGAUGCCUUUUAAGAAUCAAAAAUUGGUUGUAGAUUCUCUGGCGAUUGAAAGGAAAAUGGGCAACAUGAAAUGUAAGAUUUGUGUGUGAAUGUAUUUUUUUAAUAAGUUUAUAUUCACUUUGAAGUUCAAAGUAUCAUCUUGUGUAUUCAUAGAUAAUACGAUUUAUUAUUAUAGACAAAAAUAAUGUAUAAACUAAGAAUUAAAUAUACAUUUUUUAAGUAUUAAA